GUACAAAUAGGGGGGCCAGGGGCUGAGGGGAAGCUCCUGGGGUCUGUGUGUUGCAGGUCACGGUGACUCUGGUCUGUGGGCACUGCGGGGUGACCAGACAACAUGACGACGGACCAGCAGGCGGAAGCGCGGUCGUUCCUCAGCGAGGAAAUGAUUGCGGAGUUCAAGGCCGCCUUCGACAUGUUCGACGCGGACGGCGGCGGGGACAUCAGCACCAAGGAGCUGGGCACCGUCAUGCGCAUGCUGGGGCAGACUCCCACCAAGGAGGAGCUGGACGCCAUCAUCGAGGAGGUGGAUGAAGAUGGCAGCGGCACCAUCGACUUCGAAGAGUUCCUGGUCAUGAUGGUGCGGCAGAUGAAGGAGGAUGCCAAGGGCAAGUCGGAGGACGAGCUGGCAGAGUGCUUCCGCAUCUUCGACAAGAACGCGGAUGGGUACAUCGAUGCCGAGGAGCUGACCGAGAUUUUCCGAGCCUCUGGGGAGAGCGUGACUGAGGAGGAGAUCGAGGAGCUCAUGAAAGACGGGGACAAAAACAAUGACGGACGCAUCGACUUUGAUGAGUUCCUGAAGAUGAUGGAAGGUGUGCAGUAAAGGACCGACAGUCCUGCGAGCCAGGCCCUGCUUCCAGCCCUGCUCCAUCUCCGCACAGCAAAGCCAAGCGCACUCUGGGAGCAGCCUCCAGCCGGAGGGCCUGGCCUCCCCUGCCCCGUGAAGCGCUCGCUUUGUACAGUUUCACUGCUCCCUGAGACCGGCUCCCUUGCUGCCGUGCCCCGGGGCUGGUGGGCUGUGGACUCACCUCUCACAUGGCUGGAAAGAGCCUUUCCCCCGUCUGUAAACGCUGUGUAUAGUAUUGAAGCCUCAUUAAAAGGGUCAAAGGCUUGAAGCUG